CAGAGCGACACACUAUGACAUACAUUGAGACUGCAGCCACUGGUUGGAAUGAAUCUCCUGAGUUAACUGAAGUCAUAUUUGUAAAUGGUCAGGAGUUUGUGCAUUAUAAGAGCAGCUUGAAGAAGAUGGUACCCAAGACUGAGUGGAUUGAGAAAACUGUAGAUCCUGAAUAUUGGGAAAGAGAGAGACAGAGAAACAUACACAAUGAGCAAGCGAUCAAAGCACACGUCGUCUGGCUAAUGGAGCGUUUGAAUCAGACUAGCGGUG